AUGCCAAAUCUCCAUCACCACCCACCCCAGCCCACUUCAUGGUGGCACCCUGACCCUAAGCUUAUAAAGUGCAUGGGAGAUUACCGUGCUGCUGCUGGAACUUGUUACCAUGAGGUCUGUGCGUCGUUCUGGACCCGAAAAGUCGCCAUUCAAGAAGAUUGUUGCAAGGCCAUUGUACAACUUGAUGGAGAUUGUGCCUCAGCUGUGUUCGGCAGGUUCAACAACCCUUUCUUCCAGCUUUUGUUGAAGGAACAUUGCUCAAACAAAGGAGGAUCAUCGGCACCGGCACCACCAGAGGCAACCCCAUCACCUCCAAAAGCAUAA